GGCGCGGCCGGGAUGGCGAAGAGCCCCGGAGAGAACGGGCCGCGCGUGGCGGUGCCCGCGGCGGCUGCUGGCGGGGAGAGCCUGUCGGGCACCCGGGAGAGCCUGGCGCCCGGUCCGGACGCCGCCGCCGCCGCGGACGAGCUCAGCUCCCUGGGCUCCGACUCGGAGGCCAACGGCUUCGCCGAGCGCCGCAUCGACAAGUUCGGCUUCCUCGUGGGCUCGCAGGGGGCGGAAGGCUCGCUGGAGGAAGUCCCCCUGGAGGUGCUGCGUCAGAGGGAGUCCAAGUGGCUGGAUAUGCUCAACAACUGGGACAAAUGGAUGGCCAAGAAACACAAAAAGAUUCGUUUACGGUGCCAAAAGGGUAUUCCACCUUCCUUGCGGGGCCGUGCUUGGCAGUACCUGUCAGGAGGCAAGGUGAAGCUGCAUCAGAACCCUGGAAAGUUUGAUGAGCUGGACAUGUCACCGGGGGACCCCAAGUGGCUGGAUGUGAUAGAACGUGACUUACACCGGCAGUUUCCAUUUCAUGAGAUGUUUGUGUCCCGGGGAGGCCAUGGGCAGCAGGACCUCUUCCGUGUGCUGAAGGCCUACACAUUGUACCGACCCGAUGAGGGCUACUGCCAGGCCCAGGCCCCCAUUGCUGCUGUCCUGCUCAUGCACAUGCCUGCUGAGCAAGCCUUUUGGUGCCUGGUGCAGAUCUGUGAGAAGUACCUGCCUGGCUACUACAGUGAGAAACUGGAGGCAAUCCAGCUAGACGGGGAGAUCCUAUUCUCGCUACUGCAGAAGGUGUCGCCUGUGGCCCACAAGCACCUGAGCCGGCAGAAGAUUGACCCGCUGCUCUACAUGACAGAGUGGUUCAUGUGUGCCUUCGCCCGCACCCUGCCAUGGAGCUCUGUGCUGCGUGUCUGGGACAUGUUCUUCUGUGAAGGAGUCAAGAUCAUCUUCCGAGUGGGGCUAGUGUUGCUCAAGCACGCGCUUGGCUCUCCUGAGAAGCUCAAAGCCUGCCAGGGCCAGUAUGAGACUAUCGAGCGACUGAAGAGCCUCAGUCCGAAGAUCAUGCAGGAAGCCUUCCUAGUCCAGGAGGUGGUAGAGUUGCCACUGACAGAGCGCCAGAUUGAGCGUGAGCACCUCAUCCAGCUGCGACGCUGGCAGGAGACCCGGGGAGAGCUGCAGUGCCACUCCCCACCUAGGCUGCACGGUGCCAAGGCUAUCCUGGAUGCAGAGCCAGGUCCCCGGCCCUCCCUGCAGCCUUCACCAUCCAUCCGCUUGCUCCCUGAUGCCCCCCUACCUAACUCCAAAGGCAAACCCAAGCAGCCCAAGCACGUCCACAAGGAGCAGCAGAAACCGGUGAAAGCAAAUGAAAAGCCAGACAAGACCCUUACCCCAAGUCAAGUCAAGGUGGCAGCUGCUGCAGGAGAUGCAAAUGCCCCACAGGACAUGUCAUCAGACCACUCUGUCCACCAGGACCCAGCUCCCCAGGACUCCGCUUCACAGGACCCAGCCCAUCACCGCUCCCAAGAAAGCCUGACCUCACAGGAGAGUGAGGACACCUACUUGUAACCCAGGCCUGGUCAGGACUCUCCACAGGGUCCCUACACCUAUUCCUUUUAUGAACGAACACUCCAAAGCCUGCUGGACCACAGGGUCUGGCUGGCCCAGCACAGAUUCUGCCUGAGACUCCUUAUUUAUUUUCUCCAGAGUGGAGCUCAGGGUGAGCCCAGUUAGGACUGGCAGUACGGGCCAAUGAGUGGGGCCUUACUCAGCCCU